GCGGAGGACCGGAUUAUGCCGAGGAGGGUGGAAGUCCGGAGGACUGAUCGGAAGGAAUCGCGGUGUGAGCGAGGAGAGAGUAGUGGUAUACCCAGACGGAUGCAAAUAUCGCGUGUGUGAGGGAGAGAAGAGAGUAGUAUGGUAUUGUGUGUGUCAUAGGGAGACUCGUUCAGCUUAGAGUCCUUAGGCCAUAGCCGGAGGGAGGGAGGGAGGGUAGGCUUGGUAUGGGUUGUUGAUCGGGGAUGGGACGGGGUGAAUGAUGUACGGAUUUCUCGCGAUUUUCUCUCUGGCUUCUUGUCCCGUUUCUCUCAUUAUGCUUCCUUCUUCUAGAGUUUUGUUUCGUAGAAACUCGUGUUUGCUUUGGUUGCUGGGUAGAUCGAUUAAUGAGCGAUUGAUUACACUAUUUUGGUUAUUUUUGAUUCCGUAGAAGAAGGCUUCCUCUCUCUCUCUCUCUCUUCCUACUUGACACUUCUACGAAUUCCUUGGCGGUCCAGGGAGCAGCAUAGUUACCCCGAUUGGGCUCUGUAGAAAGAGGGGGAGUAGUAGGAAAAAUCGCCGGAGGGGGGAAGAGAGGGAGAGAGGGUGAGACGCGGGGGGCGGGGACGGGGGGACGCCGGGGCUGUGAGAACGGAGUAAGGGAUUUGCCAUCGACAGCGGAGGAGAGAAGAUCGGCACGCAGCAGCUUAUCCAUCACCCAUCAGCACAGGUCAUUGUCGACAGGCAUGUAGACGCGGAAAUCAAGGUGGGGUUGUGAGGCGAGACCCUCUCGUCCAUCGUUUGGCGAGAUUGGGGAGGGCAGCGUGCUUUUCAUUCCGGUAGCGAAAGUGGCAGCGCGGUUCUUCCACUCAGGAGUGUCACCAUGGGUUCCGAGGAGGUAAGGGCGCCCGGGGGGGCGUCCGCAGUACUGGCGGUCGGCUCGCCGGUGUGGAUUGAAGAUCCGGAGAAGGCGUGGAUAGAAGCGACUGUGGUGAAAAUCGACGGUGUUGUGGUCACGGCACGGACUAUCAACGGCGAUCUGGUAGAGACGACCCUGGCAAACGGCAUUCCCAGGGACGAAGAUGUGACGAUGAGGGGGGUGGACGACAUGACGAAGCUUUCUUAUUUGCACGAACCUGGCGUUUUGCACAAUCUGUACACGAGGUACAAGCACGAUGAGAUCUAUACUUACACAGGGAAUAUAUUGAUUGCGGUCAAUCCUUUCACCAGGCUUCCCCACUUGUUCAAUCAGUACAUGAUGAAGCAGUACCAGGAUGCGCAACCGGGGGAUCUGAACCCUCAUGUUUAUUCUGUGGCCGGUGCGGCCUACAAAGCGAUGAUGGAUGAGAACAAGAGCCAGUCCAUUUUGGUGAGCGGUGAAAGUGGCGCUGGUAAGACGGAGACGACGAAGCAGAUCAUGCAGUACCUGGCUUUCGUGGGUGGACGGACGGUAGGGGACAAUAGAUCGGUCGAGCGCCAAGUGCUUCAGUCCAAUCCGUUACUUGAGGCAUUUGGAAAUGCCAAGACUGUGCGGAAUAACAACUCCAGUCGCUUUGGAAAGUUUGUGGAGAUUCAGUUCAACAAGGGCAAGAUCUCCGGUGCGGCUGUGAGGACUUAUUUAUUGGAGAGGUCACGCGUCACUCAGAUAUCCACUCCGGAGCGGAACUACCAUUGCUUCUAUCAGCUGGUUGCGGGCGCAUCGCCCGAGGAUGUAGAACGGUUGAAGCUCGGACCUCCUGAGUCGUUUCAUUACUUGAACCAGAGCAAGUGCGUCGAAGUGGGGACGAUCGACGAUUGCAAGGAGUACCAGCUGACGAGGGAGGCGAUGGACGUUGUGGGGAUUGGCGCAGAAGAGCAGGAGGCAAUUUUUCGGACAAUUGCCGCCGUGCUUCAUCUCGGCAAUAUCGAAUUCAGCACGGGAGCAUCUGAGGCGUCGGAGGUCUCUAGCGAGAAGGCGAAGUUCCACUUGCGAGCGGCGGCAGAGAUACUCAUGUGUGACGAGAAGAUGCUGGAGAAGUCGUUGACAACUCGGAUCAUGAGGGCGUCGCGCACUGAGAGCAUCACCAAGAUACUGGACAAGAGCCAGGCGACGGACAACAGGGACGCGCUUGCCAGGACAAUAUAUGCAAAGCUGUUCGAUUGGCUGGUUGACAAGGUCAACAAGUCUAUUGGCCAGGAUCUCCACUCGACGGUUCUGAUAGGGGUGCUGGAUAUCUAUGGUUUUGAGAGCUUCGACAUAAACAGCUUCGAGCAGUUCUGCAUCAAUCUGACGAACGAGAAGCUGCAGCAGCAUUUCAACACGCAUGUCUUCAAGAUGGAGCAAGCCGAGUAUCGCAAGGAAGAGAUCAACUGGGACGACAUAGACUUCGUGGACAACAUUGAUGUGCUAGAUCUGAUAGAGAAGAAGCCUGGCGGAAUCAUUGCGCUGCUGGACGAGGCGUGCAUGUUUCCGAAAUCGACAGCUGAGUCGUUUGCGAGUAAGCUCGGGUCCACCUUCCAAAGCCAUAGAAGGUUCUCGAGACCGAAGUUCAAGAGGACGGCGUUCACGAUCGAUCACUAUGCGGGGCAGGUGGAGUACCGGGCAGAUCUCUUCCUGGAGAAAAACAAGGACUACGUGGUGCCUGAGCAUCAGCAGCUGCUCCAUGCGUCGAAAUGCCCCUUCGUGGCAGCACUCUUUCCACCAGAUGAGGGGACGAAGGCGCCGUCGAAGUUCGCGUCCAUUGGUAGCCAAUUCCGGCUGCAACUGGCCUCCCUCAUGGACACAUUGAAGCUCACGGCACCGCACUACAUCCGGUGCGUGAAGCCAAACAUGCAAUUGAAGCCGCAGAUCUUCGAGAACAAGAACGUGCUGCAGCAGCUGCGCUGUAGCGGUGUGUUGGAGGCCGUCAGGAUCAGCUGUGCAGGGUUCCCUACUCGCCGCACGUUCGGCGACUUCCUUGAUAGGUUCGGAUUGCUGCACCCGGAAGUAUUGGUAGAGAGUGCUGACGAGAAAGCCGCAUGCCAAAUUCUCCUGGAGAAGUGCAACCUCAAGGGCUAUCAGAUUGGCAAAACCAAGGUGUUCCUGCGGGCAGGGCAGAUGGCGAUUCUGGACACAAAGAGGUCGAACGUGCUCAACGAGGCUGCGGUCAAGAUCCAGCGCAGAGUGAAGACUUUCCUCAUGAGCAGGGACUACCAGAGGAGGAAGGAUGCCUCCGUCCUUGUGCAGGCCUACUGGAGAGGGACAAUGGCACGACUGGAGUUCAGAUUCCUCCGCGAGCAGAUCUCUGCAAUUUGCUUCCAAAGGUAUAUCCGUGGCUACCUGGCGCGGAAGAAUUACCUUGAGAUGCGACAAGCUGCUAUCAGGAUCCAGUCGGCUGUCAGGUCUCUUGCCGCACGGACGGUUCUUUGCACUUUGCAAGACAACUUUGCUGCCACUCAGAUUCAGUCGAAGUGGCGCAGCUACCUCGCCUCAAGGAGCUACAACGGGCUGUUGAGGUCGUGCAUUUUCUUCCAGGGUGCCUGGCGGUGCAAGGAGGCACGGAGCGAACUGAAGAAGCUGCGGCAGGCUGCUCGCGAAACCGGUGCUCUGCGUGAGGCAAAGAACAGGCUAGAGAAGAAGUGUGAGGAGCUCACCUUGCGUCUUGGGCUCUCUAGGGAUGACCUCAUUGCGAAGAACAACGAACUUGCCAAAUUACAGUCUGCGAUGGAGGAGAUGCAGGUGCAGGCGGAGCAGAUGAAGGCGUUAAUGGCCAAGGAGCGGGAGGUGUACGAGGCAGAGUUAGCGCAGGCCAAGGCCACUGCGGCUCAGCUUGUGGAUGCGGAAAUGGCUGCACAGCCUUCCAAAGAGGUCCUGGAGGAAAUCAAGGCACUGACGGAGGAGAACGAGAAGCUCAAGAAGCAUGUUGAAGAUUACGAGAAGAAGAAGGCACUGGCAGAGAGGUCUGCAAAAAGGAUAGAGGAGGCGGAUUCCAAGCUUGACACGAUGCAGGAACUGCUGGGCAGAAUGGAAGAGCAAGUUCAGAAUUUGAUAUCAGAGAACCAGAGCCUGCAGUCGGAGAAACAGAAUUUGCAGUCCGAGAAUCGCAUUCUGAUGCAGCAGGCACUGAGCAUGAAAGAUCUCGAGUCUGAGAACCAGGACUUGCAAAGGAACUUGAAGCAUCUAGAAGCUGAUAGCCAGGCACUGAAAUCUGAGAACCAGGCACUCAAGCAACAGCUAGAACAGCGGACUUGGACCAACAACAAGGAUUCCUCGGCCGCCGUAAAGGUGGGGCCGUCCCCUUUGGUCUCUCCGCGUCCUAUCGAGAGAAUCCCUGCUUUCUCGAACGGUUUGCCGCAGAUCAAGGUCAUCACCCCUGCUGCUGAUCCCGUGCCAGCUGAGAAGAUCUGGAUGCCUAAGCCGAAGAUUGUGGUUUCAGCUCCCCAUGCAGAUGGCCAGCUUCGGGAGGAGACUCCAAGGACACCGGCAUAUGCACCGCCGGUGGCUUCACUGGGUUCGCCUGGUGUAAAAGCACCAGCAGUUGAUCACAAGAUCAGCAAGAUGAUGCAUGACAAGCUUCAAAACGAUCAGGAGGCGCUUUUGGCUUGCGUUAUGCAAGAUGUGGGCUUUAGCAACGAUCACCCGGUGGCUGCUGUUAUAAUUUUUAAGUGUCUGCUGCAGUGGCACUCGUUUGAGGCUGAAAGGACGAACGUGUUUGACCGCAUCAUCAGUGCCAUUCAGACUGCAAUAGAUAGCCACUCAGGGAACAAUGAUGUGCUAGGUUACUGGCUUUCGAACACGUCCACGCUUCUGUAUCUUCUGCAGCGAACUCUCAAGGCCAGUGGAGGAGGUGGGACAGCUCCACAGAGGAGAAGGCAAACGACCUUGUUUGGGAGGAUGACGCAGAGGUUCAGUUCUCAGCAGCAGAAUUACCCGAACGGUAUGGGACCGAUUGGUCUCGACAACGUCCGGCAGGUGGAGGCGAAAUACCCUGCUCUCUUGUUUAAGCAGCAGCUCACUGCUUAUGUGGAGAAGAUAUAUGGGAUGGUGCGUGACAAUUUGAAGAAGGAGAUCACGCCUUUGCUGGGCUCCUGUAUUCAAGCACCAAGAGCUCCUCGGCAUCCACUUGGGAGGAAGGUGUCCCCUGCUCCUGGGCAGCAAGUGCUUAGCUCUCACUGGGGAAGCAUUAUCAAUUCUCUGUUAAAAUUGCUGAACAUCCUGCGCGGAAACAAGGUGCCCCCCUAUUUGGUAAGAAAAAUUUUCACGCAGAUCUUCUCGUUCAUCAAUGUUCAGCUGUUCAACAGUCUGCUGUUGAGGCGUGAGUGCUGCUCGUUCAGCAAUGGAGAGUACAUCAAGGCUGGACUAGCACAGCUGGAGCAUUGGAUCUAUGAGGCUGGAGAGGAGUACGCCGGUGCUUCCUGGGAGGAGCUGAGAUACAUCAGGCAAGCUGUGGGAUUCCUGGUGAUUCAUCAGAAGCCGAAGAAGUCGCUUGACGAGAUCAUGCACGAUCUUUGCCCGGCAUUGAGCAUCCAGCAGCUGUACCGGAUCAGCACAAUGUACUGGGAUGACAAGUAUGGCACCCACACGGUAGCUCCGGAGGUUAUUCAGAACAUGAGGAUUUUGAUGACGGAAGAUUCCAAUAAUGCUGUGAGCAACUCCUUCCUUUUGGACGAUGAUUCUGGCAUACCUUUCUCCGUUGAUGAUAUCUCAAAGUCCAUGCCUGAGGUUGAUUUGUCUGAAGUUUAUCCACCUCCCCUUCUGAAAGACAUACCUUCCUUUAGGUUCCUUCAACCAGAAAAGGAGUAGGGAUGCCGUAUGUUCACAGGAGGAAUCAUCAGUAGGAGGAAUUCGUGUGAUAGACCUGUUAAGGCUCCUUCCAGGUUACCAGAGUAGUAGGAAUGGUGUUCAUGGGGGGGAGGGGGGGGGUGAAAUUGGGAUCUUUCAGGUUCUCUCAUCAACUAUAGUAGGAAUGAUGGUCACAGGAGGUUAUUCAGAACAUGGCGAUCCUUCAGGUUCUCUUAACCAGAGUUGGAGCCAUGUUCGCAGGAGGAUCAGUAGUCGGUGCACAGCUGAGUUCCAAGGUGCGGGGCCUUCGAACGAGGAAGGACACCAUCAGUGCAGCGAAGGGAGUUGUCGGGAAUUGUUGAGUUAGCAUUGCCCAUGUUUCUGUGGGAGAGUGCCCAUGUUUCUGUGCGAGACCUUCCCCAGGAAAAGGGGGGAAAUCAUCAGUCCUCAGUGAGGGCAUCGGCAAGUCAGAAACGCCCACACGAACACAGAACUUGGACAUCAGCAAAGUGUGUUGCGUUUUUCGUUCUGGUGGUGGUGGGAUGUUAUUGCAGUUCCAUGUGUCGAUGCGUCAUUGCGGGUCUAUCCCUCUCUUCUGCAGAGCAGAGUGAGGGCUGGGCUGUGCGUGGAUUCAGAAUUCUUUAGUGUCUGUUUGACUGUUGUCUUCGCUGGUGGGUACCUCCGUUUGUCCCAGUAGAGUGCUGUGCUACUCUGUUGUUUUGCCGUACAAGUGUCCGAGUCCCUAUCAUCGGCAUAGGUGCAGAGAGUUGUGCAUUUGUCCCAUCUGGGGAAAUAAAUCCUUAAGUCAUUU